AUCGAGAUCACCCUGGUUUUAUUAAAAGAUGAUGAAUUGCAGCUCUCCGAAACUGUCUAUCGAAAAGGCCGAGAUGAGCUUAUGUGGGUGAUUUUGCAAUAUGUAGCCGUAUACAUAGCACGAAUAACAAAAGAAGAAAUGGUACGAAUUGCCGAAAUUUACAACUUACUCUACAGGUAUGGACAUUUUGACGCUGAUUCGUAA